AUGAUUGAGGCAGAAAAACAGAAAAUCACGGACGAUGCGAAUGAAAAUAAUGGUCAUUGCAAAAGAAAGACUGCGGUGGGCUGGACGUACGCGGAGAAGCCGAGACCUAUCUAUUAUACGGGCAGUACUCUGCAACAGAACCCAAUAGGAAAACAAUCUUUGGGUACGCCGAAAAUGAGGUGGAGAACGUUGGCGUAA